AUGGACAUCGAGAAUGGGGCGGUAUUGAAAAAAUCAGCAAAUAACGACGAUGGACAUACUCAUGGUUCAGUCAUUAGUUUUCAUUCAAUCUAUUAUACUUUAAAUUCUCAAAAAUGCUGUAACUGUAUACCGGUAGCAUGUUUAAAGAAAAAACACCAAGAAAUUCUCUCCGAUAUAUCAGGAAUUUUUAAACCUGGCAUGAAUGCAAUUCUUGGACCCACAGGUAGUGGUAAAUCGUCUCUCUUAGAUAUUCUAGCUGAUCGAAAAGAUCGUCAUGGUCUUAGAGGACAAGUUCUUAUGGAUGGACAACCGCAAACAUUAGAUUUUAAAUAUCGAGUUGGUUACGUUGUUCAAGAUGAUAUUAUAAGUAGUAAUUUAACUGUUCGAGAAAAUUUAAUCUUCUCAGCUAAUACUCGAUUGCCUCGUAAUGUUAAGUCAAAUGACAAGAUAGCCAUUGUUGAUGAAGUUAUUGAACAAUUAGGUUUGAAGAAAUGUGCUGAUCAGAAAGUUGGCAAUGAAAUGAAACGAGGUAUUUCUGGUGGCGAACGAAGACGAACGAAUAUCGGUAUGGAAUUGGUUCUUUCACCUAAAGUUCUCUUCUUAGAUGAACCAACAACAGGUUUAGAUUCAUCAACGGCUCGAAAUGUUAUGAAAUAUUUACAUCAGUUAUCAAGAAAAGGGCGUACAAUAAUCUUUUCGAUUCAUCAACCUCGGUAUUCGAUUUUUAAACUAUUCGAUACUCUCUUUCUAGUAGGUGCAGGACGCUGUAUAUAUCAUGGUCCAACUGCUGAUGUUCUUCCAUUCUUUGCUUCAAUUGGCUUUCAAUGUGAAGAACAUGAAAAUCCGGCUGAUUUUCUUCUCGAUGUAUGUCAAGGUGAUUAUCAACCAACUCAUUCCUCAUCGAAUAUACUUGAUGGAAUCGAUUCAGAUCCGCAAAAUACACAGAUAGUUAAUUAUUUGCAUAAUGCUUAUACAAAAUCAACAUUAUAUACUGCAAUCAAACAACAGAUAAAUGAGUUAUGUCCUUCACCACGAAACUCACCCACACUACCUGAUACUACACCAAAAUCACCAAAAAAAUCCCGUCUAUCAGAAAUAUUCUAUGUAUCACAAAGAACACUACGUAAUACAUUUCGAAAUCCAGCACUUGUCGGUAUGCAAACAGGUGUAUCGAUUUUCUUGGGUAUACUUAUCGGUUUGAUUUACAUUCAAAUGGAUCAUUCUUUAAAUAUUGGUGUUAAAAAUCGUCUCGGUGCCAUCUUUUUUAUGGUAACAAAUCAAGUUUUCGGUAGUCUUUCAGCGCUUGAUCUAUUUAUUAAAGAACGUCCUUUAUUUAAACAUGAAAAUGUCAGUGGAUAUUAUCAUGUCUCAACUUAUUUCAUAGCUAAACUUAUUUGUGAUAUUAUUCCAUUACGAACUAUCCCGGCGAUUUUAUUUUCAGCAAUUGCUUAUUUUAUGAUAGGUUUUCAACGGACAGUUGCAAAAUUUUUUAUCUUCUUCUUUGGUAUCUAUAUUACUUCUCUUAGUGCUUCGUCUUUAUGUUUUGUUGUGUCGGCUAGUGUUGAAGUCUACGGUGUUGCUAAUUUAACGGCAGCUAUGUUUUGUGUUUUAACAUUAAUUUUUAGUGGAUUUCUUGUAGAAAUUACAUCGGUCACUUCAUUUUUAUCAUGGAUAAAAUGGAUAAGUAUUUUUCGAUAUGCAUCAAAUAUAUUUGCUAUUAAUGAAUUUACUGGUUUGAAACUUUGUUUACCCAAUGAUACAAAUACAUGUGACAUCGAUGGUUUAGAUAUAUUAAAAGAACAAAAUAUUGAUUCUUCAACUAAUUGGGAUUUGUGGAAGAAUUUUGUUGCACUAGGUGGUAUUCUGUUUUGUUUUCUUACUUUAACUUAUAUUCAAUUGCUUCGUAUGAAAAAAACUAAAUGA